ACCAUUGUAUCUUAACCAUAAAAGACACCGUUAUCAAGUGCUCUCGAAUCUCACCUAGACAGAAAACUCAAGGUAGUUAACCAGAAGCCAAUUCCGUUGAAUCUAAACCGUUGAUGAAAUAUAAACACAGCAAUGAUCUUGAUGCCACUCUCAAUCUCGCGAGGAAAGUACCUGUUCAAUCAAAUCACAACAUUUCACUCUCUAAACUCUGUCUCUCUAAUUCCGUUUUGCCAAUUAAAGGCCCUUGUUCAAUCAUCGUCUUCUGAUGGUUGUUCAAAACCCUAAUUCACGCUCAUUAUUAUUAUUGUUAUUAUUUUUGUUACUCUUUUCUCUGGGCUUGAGUGGAAAUGGAAUCGGAUAAAAUUCUUCUAAACCCUAGGUUUGCGAGUAGCUCUGCCAAGCCCAUGCCCAGCAAUGAGCCAUCGCAGAAGUCACCACCGUCAUUGCUCGACAGGUUCAGGGUUCUGUUGAAGCAGCGGGAAGAGGAAGCCAGGGUUUCUGCCGAGGAUGAUGACGUGGCGGGGCCGACUCUGAGCACCCAGGAGAUUGUGCAGCUUUACGAGUUGGUGCUCGAUGAAUUGACUUUCAAUUCAAAGCCUAUCAUUAAUGAUUUGACUAUUAUUGCCGGCGAGUUGAGGGAGCAUGGGGAGGGCAUUGCUGAUGCUAUCUGUGCCCGCAUUAUCGAGGUUCCAGUGGAACAAAAACUGCCAUCAUUAUAUCUUUUGGACAGCAUUGUCAAGAACAUUGGCCGUGAAUAUAUUGGGUACUUCUCAUCACGUUUACCUGAGGUUUUCUGUGAGGCAUACAGACAAAUUCACCCUAACCUGUAUAAUUCAAUGCAUCACCUCUUUGGAACAUGGUCUACAGUGUUUCCACCUUCUGUGCUUAGCAAGAUUGAGACUCAACUGCAAUUUUCUACACAAGUUAAUAGUCAAUCCUCUGGCUUGUCUUCCCUGAAGGCAUCUGAUUCACCUAGGCCAGCUCAUGGCAUUCAUGUUAAUCCAAAAUAUUUGCGUCAGUUGGAACAUUCUUCAGAUAAUAAUGCUCAGCAUGUAAGAGGAGCUUCAUCAACUCUAAAAGUAUAUAGUAAAAAACCUGCCAUUGGAUAUGAUGAAUAUGAUUCUGAUCAUGCAGAGAUCACAUCUUCCCAGGUUGGAGCCCAAAGAUUAAACCCAGCUGGAAGUGUAGGCCAUACAUCUUUUAUGCCUGGGGCUAAUAAGCUGCAUCCAUCUUCAAGUUCCAGGCUUGCAAGACGCUUGUCGCCUUCAAGAGUUGGAGCUGAGAGGCCAUUGCCCUCAGAAGUUGAUGACUUUGCUAUGGGAAAUUCUCCUCAAAUAUUUGUUGAUGGGGCUUCUCCAUCUCAUCCAGUGCUCAAUUAUGGAAAUGUUAAAGUGAUUGGCAGAGAUGAAGAGACAAAUGAAUGGAGAAGAAAACACUAUUCUGAUGAUAACCAUAACCGAUUGGAAGCUUCUAUUGCAUAUGGCUUAUCCAAUGGACAUGAGCGUCAAGGACCCAGAGCUUUAAUAGAUGCGUAUGGAGAUGACAGACGGAACAGAACUCCACAUAGUAAAUCUUUCCAAAUUGGACGCAUAGAUUUAGAUGGCAUGACCAAUAAAGUGGGUCCAAGAUCUUGGCAGAAUACUGAAGAGGAGGAAUUUGACUGGGAAGAUAUGAGCCCUACUCUAGCUGACCGCAGCAGGACCAAUGAUUUCUUACCAUCAUCUGUACCACCUGUUGGAGGGGCUGGGGCUAGGCCUGGCUUUGGAACAACAGUCGUUGUCCAAAUGGAUGAUUCCUCUAAUGUUGCUGAAGAUGCAGUCCCCAUUCUGGGUUCUGGUCGUGGAUCUGCUGUUAAAAUAACUGGAUUCCAAACUGAGAGAAGUCAGAUUAUGGGUUCUCGAUAUCCUCGAGAAGCUUGGAAGUUGCCACAGCACUUCUCUCAGACAGCAGAUCUCUUGAAUGCUAAAGGAAGAAGUGGGGAAUUCCAGAUACCAUUUUCCAGAAGUGGAAUACCCUCUUCAGGGAGUGAGAGUUUGGCUCCCCUCGGUGUCAAACUUCCAGAUACUGACGUCCAACUUCUCAAGCCUCUGACUCUUCCAUCAAGAAUGGUUUCCAGUAUUGCACCAUCAUCAUCUGGUGUAUGGCCUCUUGUGAAUGUGCAUAAAUCUCAUCCACCUCCUGUGCACACCAUUUUUCCACCACAGAAGCAAAGUAAAAGUCAGUUUGAUUCAAUAACUGCUAGUAAUAGUGUAAAUCAGGGUUUACAUAAGUCUUCCUUUUUGACUGACCAACAGUUCAAUGGCCUUGAAAGCAAAGAACCCAGUUUGAUGAAUCGACCACUAUUACCCAGUCAACAGACUCUGCAGAAUAAGCAAAACCAGGCUCAAGCUAAUCCUUUCCAGCCACAGUUUCUUCCAUCUAAUGAGGCUCAAGAAAAUCUUCCACCAUCUGUGGCUUCAAUGCCACCUCAUCCACUGGCACUUCCAUUGAACCAUGGAUAUACUGUACAAGGGCAUGGUGCUGUCAUGAGUAUGGCUCCUUCAAAUCUUAUACCUGCUAGGCAUCUUCCUUUACCAGUCAACAAUAUCCCAAACACCUUGCACUCACAGGCCAGGCUCCGGCCACCUCUACCUCGAGGUCCUCCUCCUGCUUCUCAAAUGAUACUUAACCCUCAAAAUGCUGGUCCAGUUGUCUCAAACCAAACCCCAGGUGGUACUUUUUCGGGUUUGAUUAGUUCUCUCAUGGCUCAAGGUUUGAUCUCAUUAACAAACCAAACACCUUUACAGGAUUCUGUGGGACUCGAGUUCAAUGCUGACCUUCUUAAGGUGCGCCAUGAGUCUGCAAUAAGUGCCUUAUAUACUGAUCUGCCCAGGCAGUGUACCACUUGUGGCCUUAGAUUUAAGUGCCAAGAAGAGCACAGUAGUCACAUGGAUUGGCAUGUUACUAAAAACCGGAUGUCCAAGAACCGUAAGCAGAAACCCUCUCGCAAGUGGUUUGUUAGUGCAAGUAUGUGGCUCAGUGGGGCAGAGGCAUUGGGAACUGAUGCAGUUCCUGGAUUUUUGUCUACUGAGACUGUUGUGGAGAAGAAGGAUGAUGAAGAAAUGGCUGUUCCCGCUGAUGAAGAGCAGAAGGCAUGUGCAUUAUGCGGAGAGCCUUUUGAUGAUUUCUAUAGUGAUGAAACAGAGGAAUGGAUGUACAAAGGGGCUGUCUACCUGAAUGCGCCCAAUGGAUUAACAGCAGGCUUGGACAGGUCCCAGUUAGGUCCUAUAGUACAUGCUAAAUGCAGGUCUGAGUCUAGUGUGGUUCCGCUUGAUGAUUCUAGACAUGAUGAAGAGGGAAACACUGAAGAGGCUAGUCACAGAAAACGAAUGCGGAGUUAAGUAUAUUUGAUUGGCUUCUAAGUCUUCUGUAACGUAGAUUGAGUUUAGUCAUGUUAGUAGUAUGCUCUUCAAUUCUUUAUGGUAGCGUUUGAGCUUGCAAUACUGUGGCUUUAUGCCAGAAACUUGUACAUGUAUAGUUGGACUUGUACCAUGCAUAUCAUCUUGCAGCAAAAGGUUACAAAUUUGCUGA